AUGCGCAUCCAUCCCUCACUGUCAGCUGCACAUAUACAGAGUCUGACGCCUUCAGCGACAGGAGAGGACGGCGCUCUGUCUCUUCAUUCAAUCUUCACCUGCCUGCAGGAGUCAGAGCAAACAGAUCCACACAGGAUGUCUUCCAGACUGAGGAAUGAGAUGCGCACGUUCUGCAGCUUUUCUCCAACCCUCUCCAACCAGCUCCAGCAGACUGGAGGCGCAUCUGGAGACUUUAGUGAAAACAUGCGGGGUCGGCAACAGAGGAUGGAUGACAGAGAAGCGCCUAAACCCGGCGGUGAGCGCAUCGGACAGCGCGGCAGGCGCAGGAUGAAGGCCAACGACCGGGAGCGACACCGGAUGCACAACCUGAACUCCGCUCUGGACGCGCUGAGGAACAUCCUGCCGGCGCUGCCAGAAGACGCGAAGCUCACCAAGAUAGAAACGCUGCGCUUCGCCCGUAACUACAUCUGGGCUCUGACGGAGACAUUGCGCAUGGAGGAGCACCACCCUCACUGCGCAGCGCCUGAGCUGAGCAGCCCGGGGAGCGUCUCCUCUUUGGAGCGGGACUCUGUUUCCCCCACAGAGUACUGGUGCGGGGCCCCUGCUGAGGAACUGAGCUGUAAACCCCUCAUCAGAGAUCCACACACUUUUAUUCCCAUUACUAUUUAUUUCAGGUCGCUCCAUGGGGAGAAUGAUAUCAGAAACUCUUGGUAACAUCAAACCUACUUCUAAUGCCACCUUUGGAGCAAUUUUAUUUUAAGAAGGGAAGGAGGA